AUGACACAACCUUCAUCGUAUCAAGAGAAGUUCUCAGAAACAAAUGCCUAUGACAAUGAGGUAGAGCAGCUGAGAUGGCAGGACUUCAAGGAUUCGUUUAAGCGAGUAUCUGUUGACGAAAAUGAUAGUGAGCUCAGCUCCUUGGAUGACAUUGAGAGAGCCAAUUUGUUAACGUCCAAGUCUCCCCUCCAAAGAAAAUUGAAGUCGAGAAACAUCGCCAUGAUUGCCAUUGGUUCAUCCAUCGGAAGUGCCUUGUUUGUUGGCUCUGGCUCGGCCUUGAGUACCGGUGGUCCAGCCGGUAUCUUAAUUGCAUGGUCCAUCACCGGUUUUGCUAUUUUCACCACCAUGCAAAGUUUGGGAGAGCUUUCCGUUGCUUUCCCUGUCAGUGGAGGCUUCAACCUCUAUGCCAGUCGUUUCAUUGACCCUUCGGUGGGAUUUUCUGUAGCAUGGAACUACUUCAUCCAGUUCUUGGUGUUGCUUCCCCUUGAACUUGUCAGUAGCUCCAUCACCAUGCAAUUCUGGAACAGUAGCAUCAACCCAGACAUCUGGGUAUUGAUUUUCUACGUGGUGGUGUGUUCCAUCAACAUGUUCGGUGUGCGUGCCUACGGAGAGGCCGAGUUUGUCUUCUCUGUUAUCAAAGUGGUUGCUGUGGUGGGUUUCAUCAUUGUCAGCAUUGUGUUGGUUUCUGGUGGUGGCCCUUCGGGAGAUCACCAUGGUGCCGAAUACUGGCACAACCCAGGUGCCUUUGCCAACGGUUUCAAGGGUGUCGUGUCUGUGUUUGUUACUGCAGCUUUUGCUUACGCUGGUGUUGAACUCUGUGGUCUUGCUGCUGCCGAGUCUGAAAACCCUCGUAAGGCGUUGCCUAGAGCUAUUAAACAGGUGUUUUGGAGAAUCUUGAUGUUCUACUUGGUUUCGUUAACCUUAAUCUGCUUCUUGGUUCCUUACAACUCCGAGAGAUUACUCGGUGCCUCAUCUGUGGACGUCACGGCAUCUCCAUUUGUCAUUGCUAUUGAACUGGGAGGUAUUAAGGGCCUUCCACAUGUGAUGAAUGCCGUAAUCUUGGUUUCUGUCAUUUCUGUUGCUUCCACAUCCGUAUACGCUUCUUCCAGAACGUUGACAUCUUUGGCCGAACAGGGUUUGGCUCCAAAGAUCUGUGCUUAUGUGGACAGAGCAGGUAGACCAUUGGUAGCAAUUUUGAUCUCCAACGUGUUCGCUUUGUUGGCAUUCAUUGCUGCCAGUGGUAAGGAAAGUGAAGUGUUCACAUGGCUUUUGUCAAUUUCUGCUUUGAGUUCCAUUGCUCUGUGGAUCAGCAUCAAUUGGGCACACAUUAGAUUCAGAAGAGGCUUGAAGGCACAGGGUAGAAGCACCAACGAGUUGACGUUUGUUGCCCAGACUGGUGUUAUUGGCUCUUACAUCGGAGGUUUCAUCUUCAUACUCGUGUUGAUUGCCCAGUUCUGGAUCGCCUUGUACCCUAUCGGAAGCGAGCCAAGUGCUUAUGGAUUCUUCCUGUCUUACUUGGGAGGUGUCAUUUUAGUGGUGUUUUACUUGGGCCACAAGGUCUGGAAAAAGAAUUGGAUCUUCCAGAUUCCUGCUAAGGACCUUGAUCUUGACUCUGGCCGCAGGGAAACCGAUCUUGAGCUUUUGAGAGAGCAGAUACGUCAUGAGAAGGCCGUCAUGGGUGCAAGACCAUGGUACAUCAGAUUCUACCACCUUUGGUGUUAA